AUGGCGAGAGAUAUGGAUGGUUAUAAGUUGUGGUACUCAGGUAGCGUGAGACAUAGCAAUGGGGUAGGUAUCUUAGUAGAUGAAGAACUUAGGGAGCAGGUGGUAGAGGUAAAGCGAGUUAGUGAUAGGUUGAUAUCUAUUAAGUUGGUCAUUGGAGGAUCUACAGUGAAUGUUAUCAGUGUCGACGCCCUGCAAGUAGGUUUGGACGAGGAGAAGAAGGAAUUUUGGGAGGUUUUAGAUGAGGUGGUGAGGAGCAUCCCGAGCACUGAGAAGCUUUUAGUGGGAGAGGAUUUCAAUGGGUAUAUUGGUUCUUCGUUAAGAGGUUAUGAUGAUGUGUAUGGGGUUUCAAUUUUGGGGAGCGGAAUGAAGGAGGAGCUUCUCUUUUGGAUUUUUCUAGGGUUUUUGGGUUGUGGAUAG